GAAUGUCAGUAGAAACAUUAAUGUGUUUCUGGCUCAGCAAAGCUUUAGGUAAGCGUCUUGUAGUUAUUCACUGCAACAGUGUUAUUCGGAUAUGACAGACAUUUUCCUUCGGGUUCCUACAAGAGUGAGGUAGUAAAAAAGAGGGGCUGGACUUGACGUUAGAUGUGGGAGGAGAAUGGGAGUAACCUAGACAGGCGUUCCUCCUACAUUUGUCCAUAGCGUACGGUAACAGCAGGGCAAGUAGAGUUUGGUCAGUGAGUGCAAGGAUGUGCUGGGUUUGUGUGCGCUACCGUUAGUCCUUGCAUCCCCAGUUCAUCCUUAGGGAUGUAGAUUCCUGCGCAUCAAGUGGGUUCCGAGCGUAGUUCCACAUGGAUUUAAGUGUGCUCCCUCAAGGGUUGUUGUAACUGCAGGGAUCAUCAUGGAUAUGAGCUCCUACCCUCUUAUGGAUUAUAAUGUGAUGGAUAUUUGGAUUUAAGUGGAUACAAUUGCGAUUUCCAAACAUUGUUCAGUUUCCAACUCUGCUGAGCAGAACGACAGCUUACUGCUUUCUCGCUACGCUAUUGUGUAACUGAAGUGGAGGUGGGCCCGCUCAAAGGAUUUGUGGCUGCCUGACUUGUGGGAAAUAUCGGUGUUUCGGGGAUGAUGAGAUCAUGAAGUCACCAGGAUGGGAGCGAACAAUGGCAAAUACGGCAGUGAGGGAAAAGGCAGCUCAAGCAUCUCAUCUGACUUGAGUUCAAGUACAGAUCACACACCUACCAAAGCCCUGAAAAAUGUGGCUACCAGUGAAGACUCAGACUUGAGCAUGCGUACACUUAGUACACCAAGUCCUGCACUCAUCUGCCCUCCAACUUUACAUGGAUUUCAGAAUGGAAGGGGAUCUUCCACCUCAUCGUCCUCCAUCACAGGGGAGACAGUUGCAAUUGUCCAUGCACCACCUCCUACACGACUGACCAAUCCUCUUAUACGAUUGGCCUCAAAGCAUCAGAAAGAGCAUGCAAGCAAUUACAGACUGCCUGAUCAAUGUAUCAUUCAGAUCUUCUCUUAUCUUUCUACUAAUCAACUGUGCCGCUGUGCUAGGGUGUGCCGGCACUGGUAUAACCUAGCUUGGGACCCGCGGCUUUGGAGGACGAUUCGACUGACUGGUGAAACAAUAAACGUGGACAGGGCUUUAAGGGUGUUGACCCGCAGACUUUGUCAGGAUACACCCAACGUCUGUCUUAUGCUGGAGACAGUAAUUGUAAGUCGCAGCAGGUGGCUCACAGAUAGAGGACUUUAUAUCAUUGCCCAGUGCUGCCCAGAACUGAGAAGACUUGAAUUAUCCAAUUGCUACAACAUCUCUAAUGAGGCAGUCUUUGAUGUGGUAUCAUUAUGCCCAAACUUGGAGUAUUUAGAUGUAUCAGGUUGUUAUAAGGUUACAUGUAUCAGUCUGACCCGUGAGGCAUCCAUCAAGCUAUCUCCAAUGCAUGGUAAGCAGAUAUCUAUUCGAUACUUGGAUAUGACGGAUUGCUUUGUCCUUGAAGAUGAAGGACUUCACACAAUUGCAGCUCACUGCACCCAACUGACUCAUUUGUACCUGCGCCGUUGCAUCCACAUUACGGACGAAGGCCUGCGAUAUAUUAUGAUAUACUGCACCUCCAUUAAGGAACUGAGCGUCAGUGACUGCCGCUUUGUGAGCGAUUUUGGUUUGCGCGAGAUUGCAAAGCUGGAGUCACGGCUGCGGUAUCUAAGCAUAGCCCACUGUGGCAGGAUAACAGAUGUAGGAGUCCGUUACAUUGCCAAAUAUUGCAGCAAGCUGCGCUACCUCAAUGCACGAGGAUGUGAAGGAAUCACAGACCAUGGGGUGGAGUACCUAGCGAAAAAUUGCACAAAACUCAAGUCCUUGGAUAUUGGAAAGUGCCCUCUAGUGUCUGACAUUGGCUUGGAGUUUUUAGCCUUGAACUGCUUUAACUUAAAGCGCCUCAGCCUUAAAUCUUGUGAGAGUAUCACAGGACAAGGGCUACAGAUUGUUGCAGCCAACUGCUUUGACCUACAGAUGCUGAACGUACAGGAUUGUGAAGUAUCAGUGGAUGCUCUACGGUUUGUCAAACGCCACUGCAAACGAUGUAUCAUUGAGCAUACUAAUCCUGCAUUUUUCUGACUGACAAUGUAUUAGAGCAAAGUGGUAGCUAAAAUAUCAAGAUGCAUAGCGUAAUGGAUAAAUAUGCAAAAAUUGCCAUAAUUAUGCCUACAGCAAAUUAUCCAUAGGUGGUUCAGUUUUGAUUGUGUAUAGUGUGAUUAAAAAAACCGGAAACCUUUUAAUGUAAUUAUUUGUCUCUACAGCUGAAAUAUUUAGCAAGACAAUUGUGUAUGUUCUAUAGGCAAGAGGGAAUGAUGUGGGACCAUUUUUGUACUUCCGGAUAACAAUAUUUUAAAGAAAUAUCUUUCUCCAUUGUCUGUUAUUAUUCCAGAACAAAAAGUAAUUUGAGUUUAGUUUUCCUUUGUCUAUGUGUGAUGUAGAGUUAUAUGUGGGUGAAUGCUGUAAUGAGAGAAAUGUUAUGAUCACCCAUCAGUUCUGUCUUCAGUUGCCUUUCUUAACUCAGUGAUUGGCAUUCAGCAAUUUGGUGUAACAAUUUUAAUGCCACUUCCCAUAUAAUCUAAGGUUACAGAAUAAAAGUGACGUAGUUCUGACACUA